UGUGAAAGGAGAGCUUUUCUUUUGGAACUUUUAACCCUGCCAAGUAGGCUGGAAGGAAAGAAGAAAAGGAUUCAAAAGUCAGCAGAAUAUGACUUUCUUUUAUAAAAUGGGGUGGCCCCUGCCCUUUCCCUCCCCACUGUCCUUUCUGCUAUGACCUCGGAAGAGUGAGCAGCAAUGUGUGUUUCACUUGUAGAUAAAGUAUCACUGAUGAAAGAGCUCAGCAACCAACGGAGACAACUGAGUGGCGAAGCUCUGCUGGUUGUCACGGAGUGUAUCACAGUGCUUGUGGAGUGGGUUUAUGCCAGGAGCCCUGAAGUCGUGGAGCGCUACGCCCUGCCCGUGCUCUGGUCCUUCCUGGAGAACAAGGCGCUGCCUGUCCGAAGCGCCAGCGUCCGCACUGUGGCCACCAAGCUUGCCCUGGCCCUCUACGAGGUGAUGGGCACCAAGCUGAAGAAGUGUGCAGCCAGCAAGCCUCCACGCGUGCAGGAAAACCUCUCCAAAAUUUUGGGCUGCUGAAGGUUUCAUGUUCUCCAGAAAGAUGACAAAGUUCUGACUCGGACAACUCCGGAUGUGACUUUUUACCGUCUGCCAAAACUGACAAAACACUAAGGAAGGGUGUGCAUCUGCCCCGCUCUCUCCAUCGCCCUUCCUACUCGUGACAUGGGGGCCCUGAAGCAGCUCCAGACUGAUGAGGACAAUGUGAAGGCUGAGCAUGGCUUAGCCUCACAAAAAGGCCUGACUGGCUACCCUCUUGCCAAGAGGUUUUCCCCGGCGAGUCCCUUGAUGCUCCUUCCCUCCAAGCUUCCCAUCCCAAAGAGCUCUCCUUCUACCAAGCCAAGCCAGGUCUCCAGCGGAGAGCAGGAGAAGGGGAAAAAUGUCAUCAGCUGGGAUGAGGAGAGUAGAAAACAACAGGGACUGAUUUCAGAUGGAAAAGGACAUAAGGCUUCCUUGCUGUAUACCCCUGGGGGAGAAGUGAAGAAGGGGUCACUGGGACUACCUCUGCUCCCCCCAAUACGCAAGGCAGGAAGUCUCCCUGUUGGCAGUGCUGCAGGGUCUGUGCAAAGCUCUCUCCAGCUGGAUUUCCAGGAGUCCCAGGAGAUGAGGCCAAGACCCAGCAGCAGUAGCCAAGAGAAGAGCUCUGACCAUGCAGGCCUGACUGGCUACCCUCUUGCCAAGAGGUUUUCCCCGGCAAGUCCCUUGAUGCUCCUUCCCUCCAAGCUUCCCAUCCCAAAGAGCUCUCCUUCUACCAAGCCAAGCCAGGUUUGCAGCGGAGAGCAGGAGAAGGGGAAAAAUGUCAUCAGCUGGGAUGAGGAGAGUAGAAAACCACAGGGACUGAUUUCAGAUGGAAAAGGACAUAAGGCUUCCUUGCUGUAUACCCCUGGGGGAGAAGUGAAGAAGGGGUCACUGGGACUACCUCUGCUCCCCCCAAUACGCAAGGCAGGAAGUCUCCCUGUUGGCAGUGCUGCAGGGUCUGUGCAAAGCUCUCUCCAGCUGGAUUUCCAGGAGUCCCAGGAGAUGAGGCCAAGACCCAGCAGCAGUAGCCAAGAGAAGAGCUCUGACCAUGCAGGUUGUUCAGAGUCUAUACCAAAAACCCAGAGGACGAAGGAAAAGAGCUCUCAGUGUAAGACAGGCCCUGGGAUGCCUCUGUUCCCAAGGAAACUCCCUGAGCCGUUGGGCCUGGAGACUCAUGUGCCGAACCGCGGCCUUGGCAAUGGAGGUCUCGGCCCCCGGCCGGCUCAGGGGGCCUUGGCCCAGGAGCCUCAGCAGAGGCCACCGAGCAGCGCUGGCCCCAGGGUCACUGCCGGGGAGGACAAGGGGAAGGCCGAGCAUGGCUCAGCCUCACACAGAGGCCUGACUGGCUACACUAUUGCCAAGAGGUUUUCCCUGGCAAGUCCCUCACCACUGCUUCCCUCCAAGCCCUUGCCUCCCAUCCCAGAGAGAUCUUCUUCCAUCAAGCCAAGAAAGACGUAUAAUGAAGAGAAAGAGAAAAGCCAAACUAGCACUGGCUACACAGAUACCAGAAGAAUAAGCCAGGAGCUGAGCUCAGAUGGAAUAAGUUGUAAGGCUUCCUUGGUGCACUCCACAGAAGGGGAUUUGAAGAAGAGGUCACUGGCACCACCUCUGCUCCCCCCAAUACGCAAGGCAGGAAGUCUCCCUGUUGGCAGUGCUGCAGGGUCUGUGCGAAGCUCUCUCCCGCUGGAUUUCCAGGAGUCCCAGGAGAUGAGGCCAAGACCCAGCAGCAGUAGCCAAGAGAAGAGCUCUGACCAUGCAGGCCUGACUGGCUACCCUCUUGCCAAGAGGUUUUCCCCGGCAAGUCCCUUGAUGCUCCUUCCCUCCAAGCUUCCCAUCCCAAAGAGCUCUCCUUCUACCAAGCCAAGCCAGGUCUCCAGCGGAGAGCAGGAGAAGGGGAAAAAUGUCAUCAGCUGGGAUGAGGAGAGUAGAAAACCACAGGGACUGAUUUCAGAUGGAAAAGAACAUAAGGCUUCCUUGCUGUAUACCCCUGGGGGAGAAGUGAAGAAGGGGUCACUGGGACUACCUCUGCUCCCCCCAAUACGCAAGGCAGGAAGUCUCCCUGUUGGCAGUGCUGCAGGGUCAAUGCAAAGCUCUCUCCAGCUGGAUUUCCAGGAGUCCCAGGAGAUGAGGCCAAGACCCAGCAGCAGUAGCCAAGAGAAGAGCUCUGACCAUGCAGGCCUCCCAGUGAGCCAGGCCAAGGAGCUGGAUCAUCCCACCAGUCCUGGUUUUAUGAGUGACAGUGACCUGAGGGACAGCUCUGGAAAGAUCCGUCCUGCACUCUGCAAGUUGGCUCAAAAGAGCUUGGAGCGGAAGAAAAUGGAGCUUUUGAAGAAAGAGUUGGAGAGAAGGAGACUAAAUCAAACAUCCUUGCUACUUCCUCCUCAGCCAGUUGAGCCUGGGGAUGCAGCUGAAGCAAUCCCUGCAGGCUUUAGGCUACCACCUGUCGAUGGCACAGCUGCUAGUGGGCAGAGAAAACACCCUGGUAGUGACUUGAAGAAGCAGGUUGUGAGGAAGCAGGACAACGUGCCCUUACUGCCCAGUACGUCCACCAUCCAUGGGGAUGGCAGCUUCCCACGCAACUCCACAGUGACCUCGGAGAUGGCCGCUGGUGCCCAGCGCCGAGAGCAGCCGCGCCGUGGGACUGGGCAGAAGGACGCGGCUUUUGCAGCCCCACAGCAGUCCUUGCAGGAGGCACUGUCCUUGCUCGGCAGCGAUGACUGGGAGAAGAAGGAGAAGGGACUCUGCAUCAUCAAACAGCUGGCUGAGUCCCAUUCAGAAGUCCUGCUUUGUCGACUUCGUGAGAUUUGCUUGGCAGUUACCAGCGAGGUGACCAGCCUCCGGUCAAAGCUGUCUUGCUCUGCAAUCGUCACUCUGGGAGAGCUGUUUGCACUCUUGAGGAAGGACAUGGAUUCCGAGGUGGAUGAGGUUGCUCCGGUCCUUCUCCACAUGGUGUGGAACUCCCCAGAGUUUGUUCAGAAGGCAGCCUGUCAGGCUCUGGGGAUCAUGGUAGAGAAGGUGACUCCUGCCCGAGCAAUGACUGUUCUCAUGGACAAGGGAGUCAAGAGCCGCUACGCCCAGGUGCGGAAGUGCGCGGCCGAGCUCCUCCUGUCCUUGGUGCAGAGAAUUGGAGUCACGAAGCUGGCAGGCACAGCCAGGGCUGAGACACUGGCCCACGUGGCAGGGACACUUGCUCAGGACUGUCACCAGGACACAAGGCAUUAUGGACAGGAGAUGGUGAAGAUGCUGCUGAAUAAUCCAAAAUUGAAAAAGCUUUUGGAACAAUCUCUUUCCACCCAUGACCUGGAAGAUAUCCUGACAAGAAUUAAGAAGAAAGGGAUGGAAAACCAGAAGGCUGAACGGCCAUCUGUGAAGAACCUGGCGAAAAAGGGGAGCGACGGCUCAAAGAAGCCCCAGGCCACAUUGCCUUCUAGCAAUCGGGUGGAGUCUACCUCUGAUGGACGCCUCCUACACCGUGCAAAAGUCCAGGUCACGUUACCUCGAGCUGUGGAAGAGAUGAAGCCGCUCCAGAAGCUUUACCACCUCCUGGAAGCCAAGGAGUUUCAGAUACGGAUGGAAGGAGUCGCACUCCUCCUAGAGCUGUGCAAAACCAGACCCCAGCUCAUCUCCACUAACAUUACCCAAAUUUUUGAUUAUUUUGACCUGAGACUAUGUGACACGCAUAAGAGAGUGAGGCAGAAGGCGCUGGACGUGCUGGCAGAAAUCAUCGGCCUCCUGGAAGAUGCCCUGAGCCCCGUGAUCAUCCGUUUGGUGGAAGGAAUAACAAAGAAUCUAAACUCAAAGGAUCCCGGGGUUCGUGCCGCAGCUGUGAGAGCGCUGGAAGGAUCCAUUGCUCAUUUAGAUAAAGUAUCACUGAUGAAAGAGCUCAGCAACCAACGGAGACAACUGAGUGGCGAAGCUCUGCUGGUUGUCACGGAGUGUAUCACAGUGCUUGUGGAGUGGGUUUAUGCCAGGAGCCCUGAAGUCGUGGAGCGCUACGCCCUGCCCGUGCUCUGGUCCUUCCUGGAGAACAAGGCGCUGCCUGUCCGAAGCGCCAGCGUCCGCACUGUGGCCACCAAGCUUGCCCUGGCCCUCUACGAGGUGAUGGGCACCAAGCUGAAGAAGUGUGCAGCCAGCAAGCCUCCACGCGUGCAGGAAAACCUCUCCAAACUUUUGGGCUGCUGAAGGUUUCAUGUUCUCCAGAAAGAUGACAAAGUUCUGACUUGGACAACUCCGGAUGUGACUUUUUACCAUCUGCCAAAAAUGACAAAACACUAAGGAAGGGUGUGCAUCUGCCCCGCUCUCUCCAUCGCCCUUCCUACUCGUGACAUGGGGGCCCUGAAGCAGCUCCAGACUGAUGAGGACAAUGUGAAGGCUGAGCAUGGCUUAGCCUCAC